AAAAGAGGUCAAACCAGUGAAAGAAGUUAAACCAGCAAAAGAGGACCAAGCAACACAAGAAAAAGUCGCGACAAACAAAAACAAGUCACUUCCCUUUGAAGGUGAAAUCAGAACAAAGCAACGCAAUUUACGUCGUCGAGAACUCAAGAGAAAGCGCAGAGCAGCAGAAGCAUCCAAGGCCACCACUGCCGUUACCCCAAUGGAAACCUUGGCAAAGAAACCCAAGGCGGAUCAUGAAUCUCAGGUUCAAAACCUCGAUAUUUCUCAUGCAGAGCCUCUUCAACUGAUCAAGAAGAACAAGAACAAGAAAAAGAACCAUAUGAAGCAAAUGGAGCAACGAUCCCAUAUGCAUUAUGCUCAGGAUACUGUGGAUGCGGUGGUGGUCGAUCAACCCAUGUUGGUAGAAAAGGAAGAAACACCAGCAGCACCAGCACCAGCAGCACCAGCACCAGCAGCAACAGCACUAGCAGCAACAGCACCAUUGCAAGUGGUAGACACCAAACCUGUGUCAAAGAACCCCUAUGGACGCGCAUUUAUUACGCAUCAGGAAUCUGAGCGCAAUCACAAACCACGCAAUACGCCUGGAAAGAAGCCCAUGAGAGAAUAUCCUGUUCACCGCAUGCCUACCUUGUUUUAUGCUGAUCAGGGUUUAACUGAGGAUGAAAUGGCACAGCACCAGCAGCAGUUCAAUGCCCCGGAGGCAACUACAUGUGAUGAACAACAACAAGAGGAAUCCGCACAUCACGAAGAAGAUGAUGCUAUGAAUCAUGAGAAUGCCACCUACUACCAACAACAAACACAAGAGCCAGAGAAACCCAUUAAUUAUGAACAAGAUUACCCUGAGGUUAACUUUGAAAAUAUACCACCGGUUGGUACUAAACUGGCAAUCAAGACUUUGGAAUUGACUGCAGCUUACACGCCAGAGAUCUCCGAUUGGAAACAAGUCAUUUUGAAAGACAUCAAUUCGGAAGCAGGUCAAGUAACAUUUGAGUUUUUACCUGGAUUUGGAAAGGCAACUACAAAGGGAGGUAAAUUCGAAAAUAAAAAGAAGAAGCGAUACGACGAUUGGUAUGAAGAAGUAGAGGAAGAGGAAGAAGAGGAAGAAGAAGAGCGUGAAGCUACGUUUGAAAUGACGGAUAUUUUCGCAAUGAGAAAUAUGGCAUAAAAAAAAAAAU